UAGAAUUGACUUUGUUACGUCAAAAAAACAUUUCCUUAAUGUCCGUAAUGUGUACAGGAUUGAUAACGACAAAAGAGCCGGCUAACAAGAUCAGUAAAGAUGUCGAAUUAUAAUAAUACCGCCCCUUAAUCUGGACUAUCCAACCAUGGCACUACCAUUUUAGUGCAGAAAGAAAAAAAUAAUUGACAGCACAAUUGAGUUUUAAUUUCUACAAACCACCAUUAUGGUGAUCAGUGUUUCAGCUCAUUUGCAUUUUAAGGGACACACCCAAAGUGGCACAUAUUUUGCUCACACCUACAAAGUGGCAAUUUUAUCUGUGAGGUAUUUGAGCUAAAACUUCACAUGUGUACUCUGGAGACACCAAAGAUUUCUUUGACACAUUUAAAAAAAACUCCUUUAAAUGUAUCAUAUUCAUAAUGGUUGAGAUUCUCACCAGUUUCCUCUUCACACAAACACAUUCAUGAGGAUUUUAAUAAGCAUCUUUAAUAAAGUUCACAUGUGAAGUCGCUCCAGUUCUGUUGUUUGAGAGGAACCUGAAGACAUUUACUCUGAUGUCACUCUGGAAUCAAAACCAAAAGACCAGAUGUCAUGUGCUAACAAACACUGCUCCAGCUUUUCUCCAAACUAACUAACUUCUGCUAACGAGUCAGAUAUUCUUAACUUCACACAGGACAUCAUCCACAUUAGUAUUUGGGUCAUUUCUAGUAGAUGUUUCAGUGGUUCUGGUCACACACACCCCAUUCAUUAUAAUGAUCACAUAUAUGUCUUGUAGCUGUGCAGUUACCCAGCAUGCUUUAGUAGAAGUCACAGAACUUGAUGUGAUUGGGUCAUUGAAAUGAUCAUGUGGUGAAGUCGUGUGAAUGAUAGCGUUACAGUAAUGUGUCAUGUAGUAGUAAUAACCCAGAAAUAUACUAUUAAUAAUAUACUACAUUUAAAUGUGUAUAUAAUCCAGAUUUCAGCUAACUCCACCUGCUUAACUGAAAGCCAGCAGCCAUAUCACCCUGUAGCCCAAGACAACUCGCCCACUGAAGCUAAGUAUGGUUGAGCCUGGUCAGUACUUGGAUGGGAGACCUCGGGUAAACCAGAUUGCUGCUGGUAGAGGUGUUAGGUGAUGGAGACACUAUACGGUCAGCAACGUCCUUUGGAUGAGACGAUUAAACCGAGGUCCUGACUCUGUGGUCAUUAAAAUACCAGGAUGUCAUUUGAAAAAGAGCAGGGGUGUGCCUUGCAUCCUGGCCAAACGUACCCAUUGGCCUACUAAUCAUCCCCUCGUACACUGAUUGGCUACAUCACUCUGUCUCCUCUCCAUUAAUAAGCUGGUGUGUGGUGGGCGUUCUGGUGCAAUAUGGCUGCCGUCACUUCGUCCAGGUGGAUGCUGCACAUUGGUGGUGGUUGAGAAGAUUCCCCCUUUCAUAUGUAAAGAACUUUGAGUGCUGCAGAAAAGUGCUAGAUAAAUGAAACCAAUUAUCAUCAAAAAUUGAAUUAUAAAUUUAACACUGUAAGUUAUUGCCUUGUGUAAAUGGGUUAGGGUGACCUAACCUGAGUCUGAGGAGUGAAGAGCAGAAGAUCUGCAUGUGUUACGGUGAUAUGAUGGUGUGUCUGUGUGUGGAGUCACUCCAGCAAAUGAGAGGUAGAGGUGGACAAUGUGAAAAAAAGAUCACGGACAUGCAUGGAGAUUUGUGUAGAUCAGACUGCAUGUGUUGGGUUUUUAUAUUAUCUGUUGGUUGCAUGAAUCAAUUGUUAUAUCUGAAACCUUCCAACAUUGAUGACAAGUUCAGUUUUGCACCAGAUUCAUUAUUCAGAAUAAAUAGAGAUGAGAUCUGGAGUAAUACAUUGAGUAUAAUGCCAACAUCAUCAUCAUUUAACUUUACAUGUGGUCCAACAACAACAGACCCCAACAUUUCAACAUAAGUCUCAUUUACUUUGAUCCAACAACUGCCAACAAGGGUUUCACACUGACACAGCAGAUGCGUCUGUUUGUGUCUCUUGGAUCAGUGUGAAUUGGCAUUUACAAAGAUAAAGGAAACAAUCAAGCGAUUUGUCAUAGAGAGGCAAUAAUAUGAGAAUUGCUUAUAUUAAGUUACGUGUUUUCACAAUUCUUAAACGAUACCUUUUGAGAAAAAGAGUUAGUUUUUUUUUAAGAUAGAAGAGGUGUGUCUAUAGUCAGCAUCAAUUUGUCAAGAAUAUUUGGAAAAGAUGAGUUUUUAGUUGUUUUUUUAAUGUAGCAAGAGAUGUGGCUGAUCAGACUCCUAAAGGAAGAUCAUUUCACCAGCAGGGAGUAAUGAAGGAAAAUGAGCCUUAAAGUGAAAGUAUGGUGGUGCAGUGACACUGAAAGUUCUGUUAGUAAGCAGCAGUGACUUUUACCUGACACACACUUCAAUAGGUAACCAGUGGAGAGAGAUGAAGAGCUGCGUUACAUGAGGAAGAUGAGUUGGGCUGCUGCGUUCUGAACCUGUUGGAGUGGUUUGAUGCUCUGUGCAGGAAGGCCAGCAACGAAAGCAUUGCAGUAGGCAAGAUUACCAGGGCCUGGAUCAGGAGUUGUGCAGCAUGCUCCGUAAGGAAGGCCCGUAUCUACCUGAUAUUGUAUAAUAAAAGUCUACACGAUCACACUGACUUCGCAAAAAAGGUUUCUAAAAGGAGUAAUGGUUGUGUUGCCCAGUUGAAUAGAUAGGGUAUGAUUUUUCUUGGGUUGUGCCAGAAAUACAAGCAGCAUCAUCUUUGCUAGGUUCAGCUGGAUGUGGUGUUUCUUCAUCCAAGCCGAGAUGUCGGCUAAGCAUGCUGUAAUGUGUGCUGCUAUGGUGGUAUCGUCUGGGUGAAAUGAGAAGAAGAUCUGGGUGUCAUCAAGAUGUUGUGUAGAUGGAGAAAAGGAGUGGACCAAGCACUGAUCUCUGAGGGACCCCAGUGACCAUCUUUAAACCUUAUCCAUUUGAAUUUUUUUCAAUUAAAAUGGUGGAAUAAAUGUUUUUCAUUUUCAAAUGUAAUGUGAUCCAAAUGUCAACCCAUCAGUGAGUGAUGGCAAACUUUUUGUGUAAAUAAUCUGGUUGUAAUGAAUUACAGUUUGAUUAUUGGCUGACCGUGACCAAAUUAUCUUUCUGAUCAUUUGUUUUAUAUGAAAUGACACACUGAUGUUUUUGUAGUUUAGAGAAGUGUGUGGUGUGUUGAAGGGUUAACCUGGUGAAGGUAUUAUGGAGUUAGAGGGAUAAAGCCUUCUGAAAGAUGUUGAGUCAGGUACUUGUGUCUGUGUGUGUUUGUGCCCGUGUGUGUGUGUGUGUGUGUGUGUGUGUGUGUGUUACAGGGUUUAAUCUUCAGUUUCCCAUCAGUCCUCUUGUAUCUGUCCGAGUGUUUCACACAGGCCCCCAAACUUCUCCAGGAUGACCCCUAAUCUCAUGCAGAUGAAUCCCACACUUUUCCUUUGAGGAUUUCCGUGUUUCUGUCUAUCGCUGUAUCUUCUUGUGUCUUUAUAUAGAAGCUUCAAUGUUUUCACUCUGACUCUGUCAAUCUUCUGCUGUCUCUCAGUCUUUAGAUCCAUCGUCUCCUCGCUCGUUGUGUCACCAUGGACAUCGGCGGCCUCACCACCGUGGUGGCCAACUCGGCGUACAUCUCGGCCCGCGGUAGUUUUGAUGGUAGCGCAAACCCGGCGGCCAACCGAGAUAAGAAAUACCACACCAAACUCAAACUACCCCACAUCACGGUGUGUGAAGAUCUGAGAGAGACUCUAGAUCUGCAGUUUAAAAGCAUCUGCGUGGAGCAGCCCAUCGGCAAACGUUUGUUUCAGGAGUUCCUGGAGACCACCAACGAGUACAAAGGGCCGUGUCGUCUCUGGAAGGACGUCGAGGAGUACGAUACGGCCGAGGAUAAAGAUCGCUCUCACAAAGCUGCUAAAAUCCUCCAGCGUUACAUGGAGCCCUCAGCGAAGCUCUUCUGUCCGUUUUUACCUGAGAAUGACAUCACCAAGGUGAAGGAACGGCAUCGGGAAGCGGCGGACGACCUGUUCGUGGAGAUCUUGAUCGCCGUGUUUGAUUUCCUCAAGGAGGUUCCCUUCACCUUCUAUCUGGAGAGCAUCUACUUCAAACGCUUCCUGCAGUGGAAAUGGCUGGAGAUGCAGCCGGUCGGGGAGGAUUGGUUCCUGGACUUCCGUGUUUUGGGAAAAGGCGGAUUCGGAGAAGUGUCUGCUUGUCAGAUGCGAGCCACGGGAAAACUCUACGCCUGCAAGAAACUCAACAAAAAGAGACUGAAGAAGAGAAAAGGUUAUGAGGGUGCCAUGGUGGAGAAACGGAUUCUGGCUCGUGUUCACAGUAGAUUCAUUGUGUCGCUGGCUUACGCUUUUCAGACCAAAACUGAACUCUGUCUGGUUAUGACCAUCAUGAAUGGAGGAGAUCUCAGGUAUCACAUCUAUAAUGUAGAUGAGAAUAAUCCAGGAUUCUCUGAAUCAAGAGCCUGUUAUUACACAGCUCAGAUCAUUCAGGGGAUGGAGCAUCUUCAUCAGAAGAGAAUCAUCUACAGAGAUCUGAAACCAGAGAACGUUCUGCUGGAUAAUGAAGGUAAUGUGCGAAUCUCUGACCUUGGUUUAGCUGUUGAACUACCAGAUAAUCAGGAUAAAACCAAAGGUUACGCUGGAACCCCAGGUUUCAUGGCUCCUGAACUUCUGAAGGGUGAAGAAUAUGAUUACUCUGUGGAUUAUUUUACAUUGGGAGUGACGCUGUAUGAGUUCAUCGCUGCUAAAGGACCUUUCAGGACUCGAGGAGAGAAGGUGGAGAACAAAGAGGUAAAGAAACGAAUCCUGAAUGACCCUGUGAUCUAUCCGGAGAGCUUCAGUGAGAACGCCAAGUCCAUCUGUGAAGGUCUUCUGGCUAAAGAUGUGAACAAGAGAUUGGGCUUUAAGAACGGCUCAUGUGAUGAACUCAGAUCUCAUCCGUUCUUCGCUGAGAUUAACUGGAGGAAACUUGACGCAGGAAUUCUGCCUCCUCCUUUUGUACCGGAUUCUAAGACGGUUUAUGCCAAAGAUCUGGAUGAUGUGGGUGCUUUCUCCACGGUGAAGGGCGUCUGUCUGGAAGACGAUGAUCGACAGUUUUGUGAUGAGUUUGCCUCAGGAAACAUCCCCAUCCCGUGGCAGGAGGAGAUGAUCGAGAUGGGGAUUUACAGCGAGUUGAACGUGUGGGGUCCGGGCGGCAGCGUUCCCAAUGACCUGCGACGUGAAUCCAUUCUAGAGCAGCCGCCCAAAUCCUCCACCUGUAUUAUAUCAUAAUAAUCACAUGACAACUGAACUUUCCUAGCAUCUCUAUUUAUCAGCUCUCAUCAUCAGACACGAUCAUCGAUCAGUGGUUACAUUGAUUUAUAUCAUCAGGCUUCAAAGGAUUAACAUUAUUUUUAAGGAAAGUGAGAGUUGAGAGUUGAAGUCCUCUAAAUAUUUGUGUCUGUAAUUUAUCCUUUGGUUUGGGUAAAUGUAUAAUUGUUAUAUAAAUAGUAAAUAAUGUGUGUAUGUGUAAUGUAUAUGAAUAUAUAGACAUAUAUACUGUAUAUUAAUAAUGAUCAAUAUAUAUUAAUAAUAUAAAAAAGUGAAAAGUCUUUGUUGUGCUUGUGUUUAUGUAUUAUCUGUGUAUAUAAUGAAUGAGUGCACCUCUACGAAUGUCAAGAUCACUGAGUUUAAAGACAAGUUCAGGAUUACUAAGAUGUAACUUGGACUUUAAUAUUGAAAUAGUAGAUAACAAACACAGUCUGCUGUGCAUUGAAUAGAUCCUUUCUCAUUUGUACUCAUUACAUAAAGUGAAGUUUAUGUUUAUUCCAUCCUGAACUCAAUGUCUUUGACUUAAUUUAUUUAAAUAAUGCCUUUAUUCACUGGAUUAUUCAGUAAUAAUAUUGUUCAGGUGUAGGAUAAACACACUGAUCAUCAUUAUAGUCUUUGAGAGUGCUUGAAUAGUCCUGCUGUUAACAAUCAGAGAUGCCUAUAAAGUGCUUUUAAAAGUGAAAAUAUUAUUAGGUUGACUUUUUUCAUUGCAUUGAUUAUUGAAGUAGAACUGAUUGUGAAUACUGUAAUAGUUGUCAUUAAUGAUUUAAAAUGAACAUUUUGCCAUAAAUACCCUCAUAGUAAACUUCUGUGUUCUCUGCAGCUGUAAAGAAAAUAAAGAACAGUAUUUCUUUAUUAUAAAGUU